GUUUGAAAUUGGCGCAGUGCUUCGGCAGAAGAUAAAAAUGUGAAAAGUUUAUGUACAGACGGACGGGCGCCUGACAACCUGUGAUCGGAAAAGCUCACCUGAUCUGAAAGCUCAAAUCAUAAGAGACAGGGAAUAAAUCUGACGCUUCACUCUCGGAUACUUGAUGAACAGCAUCAGCUCGAACAAGACAAAUACUAACCCCUGGAUAUACCAGUGGUGGGAUUAGGUGCCUAGGAGGAGUACGCAUCCCCUGUCGACCGGUCACACCCGCCGUAAAUCUAUCUUUAUCAAGUAUAAAUGUUAUGAAUUAUUACACACUUUCGUAUGAUGAUUAUGGUGCAUAUUUCGUAGUAAUUAAAAAUGAAAUUUAUACAAAACAAAUAUAUAUUCCUCAAUAUUUUUAAUUGUCACUUCAAAUAGGAAGGAAGUUGUACCGGAUAUUUCAUUUCAGCACAUAUCCAAAUCAACUUUCCUGUUUGGGAAGGUAAAUCAGUACUAUUAGAAUGGUAGGGAACGUUUCCAUAUUCAGAAUAGCCUAUGAUACUGGUUUUGGUAAUGUAAUGUUAUGAUGUGCAUAAUAAUCCGCUUUUAUUUGGUGGUGCUGUUGAAAAGUUUAUUUGUGAUAUCACUUGCUCAGAUAUAUAAUCCUGGGGUCUGCUCAAAUGAAGACGAACCUCUACAAUGUUGCCAAAAUUACAAAAGACGUGGAGAUUCAUGUGAAGGAAUCACUAACGUGGAUGAGAAACAGAUGUGUCUGCAGUUAGCGGAGGAGGUGAAUCUGGACAUCCCUCUGAUCACGAAGACGGUGGUGGAAAACAUCCGCAACAAAAGUGGAGGGGGUCUGCCGGCCACGACUGACGUUAGUCUGGAUGUCACUGUCACAGAGGAGGACAAGAAGAGAAUAACAGCCAUUGACUGGCUCGUCUUUGACUCGGCCCAGAGGGCGGAGGCCAUUAAGCAGGCCAAUGCUGUGAUGAGGGCUUUUAUAGCUGUUCAGAAGCUUACUGCAGCCAGAGAAGUGUUUGACAAAUUACCCAUGGAUUCUAUAGACAUUAUAUACAGGAACUGGCACGUACAGACUGGAAAUGAUGACCUGCCAGUAGAUGAUGAGAAUGCCAUCCGAGAAUAUCUGUGUAUAAAGUCCUGUAUGGAUGCCAUGGAUAGUUUCAAUGAUUGGUUUAACAAGUUCCACCACACAAAGCCAGCGAAACCCACGGCGCCGCAUGCAGCCUCGUUCACAGAAAAAGUGGCAUUUGAACACCGACUCAAGCAGUAUGAACAGGAACUGGAUCGCUGGCAGAGGGCGCUUCUAGCUCAGACGGAGAGCACUACAAAACUGAUUUAUAAUGUUCUGUUGUUUGCUAAUGGUGGCUGGAUGGUGGACCAAAAGGAGGUUGUUGAACUUACUUAAUUGUGUCGCCUGCGU